AUGGAAUUUGUCUACAUCAGCCCCAUAGUGGCACUUGACGUCCCGAUUAAUAUAUGUCUCGGCAUUCGACACAAACUUGGGCGCUCAGCACAAGAGAUAGUCCUUACUUACGCUGGUGACGGCCAACGCUGUUCCCGUCAACGAGGCCGCGGAUCAGGCUGCCGAGGAUGUUGCAAAGGAGUAACCAAGUCAUCCGGAGCCGAAGCCGGCAGACGGACCGAAUGCGACGAGUUCCCCUUCAAGUCGACUGUUGAAGGUGGUGAUGGCGCCUGGAUCCGCUGUGUAACUGGCUGGGAGAAUCAGCUACAAGGAUACUAUCUCAACUCGUGGUACAGAGAUAACAACAUCAAGCCAGACGACCAAUUCAUUGUGCGGGUGUUGAAUCUCGACUGCUCGACUGUGCAACCAGCGGAUCUUCAGUCUUGUCAAAACGGAGGUGCCAACACCCUACAUACCAGAGCAGAAUCGCUGGGUUCAGGAUCCGAAACUGCUGUUCGACGAACGUUAGACAACAAAACCAACGUUGUCAUUGCCCCCUUCGGUGAUCUGGACGGCAUGGGCUACGAAGCAAAAGCGCGCAUGUCGACAGGGCGUCUCACCGAGGCACGUGUGAUCGACAGCGACGGAGAUGAAAUUUCAGCAAUGGGCGAGGACAAUCUCAACUCACUCUACAGCGACGAUGGUCUGUCAAUCAAAUGGGCCUUCGAAGACUAUGUUGGUGGAGUAGGCUUCAUUGGCGAAACCCAGUCAACAAGUGUCAAUUUGACUUGGGAUCUGCAGGCUGACGCGUCUGCGUCGAGCUCCGACUCCGAGUCUGUCGCAAGCAGAUUAUCAUUCUCUCUCGUGGCACAAAUGCAUAUAGCCGUUUGGUUGAGCCUGGUGAUGCUUUUAUUUUUCGCAUACUAA